ACAUACUUUUUGAAUGCUGAUCCCCAGGUCUCGUGUCCCGAAUUAAACGACUCCAAAUGGAUCACGAUGUGCAUCUACAAUGUUGUGGUCCUGGGACCUGUGGGCGUUGUGGUAGUCAUGGCAACAAAUGACAAACCGGAAAUCAAUUAUGCCCUUGAGUCGGGCAUGUUAAUUCUAGUCACA